UUAUUGGCUUUUAAGGAAUUUUUUCUCUCUGCAGUUAUAGAAACCUGAGUACAGGCUGAGUUUACCUGCACAGGUAACAUAAAAAGUAUCAAAUCUGUGCAAAGAUGCACACUGGACUGUUUUAUGUGUUAAAUCUAAAUCAAAUCAUCUGGAGUUGGGGGAUCUGUAAGUUUUGUACCUUUUGCCUUGCUCUGAACUCGUUGCAUGAGCAGAUUUGUGAGGCAGAGCUUGAAGAAUUCUUACCCAGAACGUGUUGUAUUUAUGCCAGGGAGUUUGUUAGAGAAAAGAAAUACAAAACAGAAGCAGAAGCAUUUGGCUGGAGCUUUGUCUUUGAGGAUUUCGUAUCUGAAGAGCUGAAAAAAAAAGUCACCCAAAAACUGGAGUCGGCCCCGUGGUGGCUGCCCAUCGAGAAGGCAUUUUGGAGACAGCCCUCAGGCCCUGGCUCCAGCAUCAAGGACAGGCUGGAUUACCCAGUGCUGCACGUGAGCUGGAACGAUGCUCAGGCCUUCUGUGCCUGGAAGGGGAAGAGGCUCCCAUCGGAGGAGGAGUGGGAAUUUGCUGCCAGGGGAGGACUGGAGAAAAGGAUGUAUCCCUGGGGAAACAAGUUCCAGCCAAACCGUACAAACCUGUGGCAGGGUGAGUUCCCUCGGGGGGACACAGCUGAGGACGGCUACCACGGCGUCUCCCCGGUGACAGCCUUCCCUGCCCAGAACAGCUACGGGCUCUAUGACCUGCUGGGAAACACCUGGGAAUGGACAGCAUCAGAAUUCCUGACUCCAGCAAGGGCAUCCAGGGCUCAGAACAUGCAGGUGCUGAGAGGAGCCUCGUGGAUUGACACUGCAGAUGGCUCUGCAAACCACAGAGCUCGUGUCACCACCAGGAUGGGGAACACACCAGACUCUGCCUCUGACAACCUCAGCUUCCGCUGUGCUGCCGACAUCCCGCCCGUCCCAGCCUGGAAAAGCCACAGCAAACCUGAGCUUAAACCUGAGCUCUGAGUGCAAACCUGAGCUCUGAGAACAAGCCUGAGCUCUGAUUGCAAACCUGAGCUCUGAGGGCAAACCCGAGCUCUGAGGGCAAACCCGAGCUCUGAGGGCUCACUGGGAACACUGAGACAUUUUCUCCUGUGGAGAUGAACAGUAACCCCCAGCUGUCACUUCAAUUAAACCCCAGUUGUUUUUCAAAUUAAAAAUAAUGUCAAUCUU